GGGGCGAUCGGGCGGAGCACGCCUGCGCAUAGAGAGCUGGCGAGAAUAGCAGGGGGCAGGCGCUAAAAUGGCGGAACGGGGGUACAGCUUCUCCCUCACCACCUUCAGUCCUUCUGGGAAACUUGUUCAGAUUGAGUAUGCUUUGGCUGCAGUGGCUGCAGGAGCUCCAUCGGUCGGGAUUAAAGCUGCAAAUGGAGUGGUGUUGGCAACGGAAAAGAAGCAGAAAUCCAUUCUUUAUGAUGAAAGGAGUGUCCAUAAAGUAGAGCCAAUUACCAAGCAUAUAGGUUUAGUGUAUAGUGGUAUGGGUCCAGAUUACAGAGUACUUGUACACAGAGCACGAAAGCUGGCCCAGCAAUAUUUCUUGGUUUACCAUGAGCCCAUUCCAACAGCUCAACUAGUACAAAGAAUUGCUUCUGUGAUGCAGGAAUAUACGCAGUCUGGAGGUGUUCGUCCCUUUGGUGUAUCACUGCUCAUAUGUGGCUGGAAUGAGGGGCGGCCCUAUUUAUUUCAGUCAGAUCCAUCAGGAGCUUAUUUUGCUUGGAAAGCAACAGCCAUGGGAAAAAACUAUGUCAAUGGGAAAACAUUCCUUGAGAAAAGAUACAAUGAAGAUUUGGAGCUUGAAGAUGCCAUUCAUACAGCUAUCUUAACAUUAAAGGAGAGCUUUGAAGGGCAAAUGACAGAAGACAACAUUGAAGUUGGCAUAUGUAAUGAAGCUGGUUUUAGGAGGCUAACUCCGACUGAGGUUAAGGACUACUUGGCUGCAAUAGCCUAGUAGAAACCAACAUUUUUAAAGCAGAAAUCUGGUCUGGAGCCAUUGAAAAGUUACUGAUAAUGAAAUGGAAACUGGGUAGUUGGAUCAGACUGCUUGUACGUUAAUACAGCUGUAUGGGAGCAGCCAGACAGGUUAAAAGUUACCUAGCCAUAAACAAUGAAGAAAAUAAGAAGUCCAAAGAAACGGAUAUAUAAACUAACUGAUCUGCUCUGUGUCUGUCAUCUAAUGUUUUGUGUUAUCACUAGGCAAAUGAGAAUUUCUUAAGCAUGCCAUAAAUGAAGUUUUAUUUCGUAAUGUCACAAAUAAAAAUUAUGUUCAGAUGGUUCUUAAA